AUGUCAUAUUCAAAGAAGAAUGAUAAUAAAAAACUUAUAGAAAAAAAUGUGUAUAAUUAUGAAUUUAAUUCUGAUAUUCAAAAAGAUAUAGAAGUAAUACAAUCGUAUACGUUGGAGAUAUCAAACAUUAGUCAAAAUGAAUUGUGUUCCAUUGAAAGUUCAGAAAAAGUGCAAAAGAUAGUACAACAAGGGAAAAUAAAAAUUCAAGAGAUACAAAAGAAGUUGAAGAAUUGUUCUAAUACGGAAGGCUUUUCACAGAAUGAAAAAGUACGGAAGAAAUUGAUGUUGCAAAAAUUAUCAAAUUCCUACAUGAAAGCUAUAAAUAAUUUUCAAAAUGCUUCAAAAAAUUAUAUAAAUAAAACUACAUUAAAAUAUUCUUAUCCUAACAAUUUUAGCACCCCAGAUGAUUUAGAAGGUUUUAAUUCAUUUAACAACUUUUCAAGAAAUAGUAGUUCUAAUUAUGAUUCUAAUCAAGAUAAGUUCAAUGUUAAUAUAUAUGAUUAUAAUUUUUAUGAAAAUAAAUACGAAAACACUUAUAAUAGUUACAAAAGCAACGAAUUUCAAAGCAUAGACAGCAGAAUUGAAGAAAAAAGAAAAAAAAAAAAAUAUAAAAAUAAUAUAUUUACAGGAAAUAAAAAAAAUGAAAUUAAUGAAUAUUUAUUGCAAAAUGAUACUUAUAUAGAAAAUGAAAAAGAUAAUAAUUAUCCUCAAGAAAAACAGUUUGUAUCCGUAAAAACAGUAGAUAUUGAAAAGGAAAUAUUAAAUCAGAAAAAUAGAGAAAUAAAAAAAUUACAUAAAGAUAUAAUAAAUAUUCAAGAAUUAUAUAAAGAGUUAUCAGAACAAAUAAAUAUUCAAGGAGAGAAUAUUGAUAAUAUUGAUUCGCAAAUAAUUAGUACGCAUGAUAAUAUUAUUAUGUCUGGUCGUGAGAUUGAAAUAGCUAGGAAUAGAUAUUUUCGCAAUUUUAAAUGUAUGUUUUAUAUUUUCAUUGCAAUAUUAGUUUUGAUAACUAUAAUUUUAGUUGUUCUUAAAGUAAUAUAA